UAUUUACCGAAACUGGAGACUUCCAUGGUAGGAAUGCUGAGGGAGGGGAUAAGGCCUCGUCUUGCAACUGCUUUGGGCACUACCUUGCGCUCAUAUUCCGGCCUCAGUGACGACAUACAGGAAGACUAGGUAGCCAAUCCCGAGCCCAGAAAGAGUUUCAGCGCCCCACGCCUCAACUCGCUCCUCCUCUCCCUUCCGCUGACGUGUCUAGAUCUCUUGUUCCGAAAGGCUAGCACUAGGCGCCAAGCGGCCGGUUUCCUUGGCGACGAAGAGCGCGGGAAUUUCAGAUAGAUUGUAAUUGCGGCUGCGCGGUGGCCGCUGGUGCAACUCGAAGACCUAUCUCCUUCCCGGGGGGACUUCUCCGGCAUUUAGGCCUCGGCGUUUGGAAGCACGGAUGUUUUUCUCGGAAGAAAGUUCACUGGAAGUGGAAGAAAUGGAUUUAUCUGCUGUUCGAAUUCAAGAAGUACAAAAUGUCCUUCAUGCUAUGCAGAAAAUCUUGGAGUGUCCAAUCUGUUUGGAACUGAUCAAAGAACCGGUUUCCACAAAGUGCGACCACAUAUUUUGCAAAUUUUGUAUGCUGAAACUCCUUAACCAGAAGAAAGGACCUUCCCAGUGUCCUUUGUGUAAGAAUGAGAUAACCAAAAGGAGCCUACAAGGAAGUACAAGGUUUAGUCAACUUGUUGAAGAGCUGCUGAAAAUCAUUGAUGCUUUUGAGCUUGACACCGGAAUGCAGUUUGCAAAUGGUUUUAGUUUUUCAAAAAAGAAAAAUAGUUCUUCCGAGCUUCUGAAUGAGGACGCUUCUAUCAUCCAGAGUGUGGGCUACCGAAACCGCGUCAAAAAACUUGGACAGAUUGAGUCUGGAAGUGCCGCCUUGAAGGACAGUCUCAGUGUCCAGUUGUCUAACCUUGGGAUUGUGAGAUCGAUGAAGAAAAAUAGGCAGACACAACCUCAAAACAAAUCUGUCUACAUUGCUUUAGAAUCUGAUUCUUCUGAGGAGAGAGUAAAUGCACCCGAUGGCUGCAGUGUGAGAGAUCAGGAAUUGUUUCAGAUUGCCCCUGGAGGAGCUGGAGAUGAAGGCAAGUUGAACUCUGCAAAAAAGGCUGCUUGUGACUUUUCUGAGGGCAUAAGAAACAUUGAACAUCAUCAAUGUAGUGAUAAAGAUUUGAACCCCACUGAGAAUCAUGCAACUGAAAGGCAUCCAGAAAAAUGUCAGCGUAUUUCUGUUGCAAACGUGCAUGUGGAGCCAUGUGGCACAGAUGCUCGUGCCAGCUCGUUACAGCGUGGGACCCGCAGUUUAUUGUUCACUGAGGACAGACUGGAUGCAGAAAAGGCUGAAUUCUAUGAUAGAAGCAAACAGUCUGGCGCAGCAGUGAGCCGGCAGAGCAGAUGGGCUGACAGUAAAGACGCAUGUCAUGGCAGGCCGGUUCCCCACACUGAGGGAACGGCAGCUCCAAAUGUGGAUUCCCUCUGUGGUAGAAAGCAGUGGAAUCAUCCGAAAAGCCUGUGCCCUGAGAAUUCUGGAGCUACCACUGACGUUCCUUGGAUAACACUGAAUAGCAGCAUUCAGAAAGUGAAUGAGUGGUUUUCCAGAACUGGUGAAAUGUUAACUUCUGACAACGCAUCUGACAGGAGGCCUGCGGCAAAUGCAGAAGCCGCUGUUGUGUUAGAAGUUUCAAAUGAAGUAGAUGGAUGUUUCAGUUCUUCAAAGAAAAUAGACUUAGUUGCCCCCGAUCCCGAUAAUGCUGUAAUGUGUACAAGUGGAAGAGACUUCUCCAAGCCAGUAGAGAAUAUUAUCAACGAUAAAAUAUUUGGGAAAACCUAUCAGAGAAAGGGAAGCCGCCCUCACUUGAACCAUGUGACUGAAAUUAUAGGCACAUUUACUACAGAACCACAGAUUAUACAAGAGCAGCCCUUCACAAAUAAAUUAAAACGCAAAAGAAGUACAUGCCUUCAUCCUGAGGACUUUAUCAAGAAAGCAGAUUUAACAGUUGUUCAAAGGAUUUCUGAAAAUUUAAAUCAGGGAACUGACCAAAUGGAGCCAAAUGACCAAGCAAUGAGUAUUACCAGUAACGGUCAGGAGAACAGAGCAACAGGUAAUGAUCUUCAGAGAGAGAAAAACGCUCAUCCAAUAGAAUCAUUGAGAAAGGAACCUGCUUUCACAGCUAAAGCCAAAUCUAUAAGCAACAGUAUAAGUGAUUUGGAGGUAGAAUUAAAUGUUCACAGUUCAAAAGCACCUAAGAAAAAUAGGCUGAGGAGGAAGUCUUCUACCAGGUGUGUUCUUCCACUUGAACCAAUCAGUAGAAAUCCGAGCCCACCUACUUGUGCUGAACUUCAGAUCGAGAGUUGUGGUAGCAGUGAAGAAACAAAGAAAAACAAUUCCAACCAAACCCCAGCCGGGCACAUUAGAGAGCUUCAACUCAUCAAAGACACAGAACCUACAGCUGAUGCCAAGAAGAACGAGCCAAAUGAACACAUAAGGAAGAGAAGUGCCAGUGAUGCGUUCCCAGAAGAGAAAUUAAUGAACAAAGCUGGUUUAUUAACUAGCUGUUCAAGUCCUAGAAAGCCUCAAGGACCUGUCAAUCCUAGCCCUGAGAGAAAAGGAAUAGAGCAGCUUGAAAUGUGCCAGAUGCCUGAUAAUAACAAAGAACUCGGGGAUUUGGUCCUGGGAGGAGAGCCCAGUGGGAAAGCUACUGAACCAUCUGAGGAGAGCACCAGUGUGUCCUUGGUACCCGACACAGACUACGACACCCAGAACAGUGUCUCAAUACUGGAAGCGAACACUGUCAGAUAUGCAAGAACAGGAUCAGUUCAGUGUAUGACUCAGUUUGUCGCAAGUGAAAACCCCAAGGAACUUGUCCGUGGUUCUAACAAUGCUGGAAGUGGCUCGGAGUGCUUCAAGCACCCAUUGAGACAUGAACUUAACCACAAUCAAGAGACAAUAGAAAUGGAGGACAGUGAACUUGAUACUCAGUAUUUGCAGAAUACAUUUCAAGUUUCAAAGCGUCAGUCAUUUGCUUUAUUUUCAAAACUUAGAAGUCCCCAAAAGGACUGUACUCUGGUAGGUGCCCGCUCUGUGCCCUCAAGGGAACCGAGUCCAAAGGUGACUUCUAGAGGUGAACAAAAAGAACGUCAGGGACAAGAAGAGUCUGAAAUCAGUCGUGUACAGGCAGUCACAGUCACAGUAGGCUUACCUGUGCCCUGUCAGGAAGGUAAGCCAGGUGCUGUUACAAUGUGUGCUGAUGUUUCUAGGCUUUGUCCGUCAUCUCAUUACAGAAGCUGUGAGAAUGGACUCAACACCACAGAUAAAUCUGGAAUUUCACAAAACUCACAUUUUAGACAAUCAGUUUCUCCCCUCAGGUCAUCUAUAAAAACUGACAAUAGAAAAACUCUGACAGAGGGACGAUUUGAGAAACAUACUGAAAGGGGAAUGGGAAAUGAGACUGCUGUUCAAAGUACAAUACACACAAUUAGUCAAAAUAACAGAGGAGAUGCUUGGCAAGAAGCCAGCUCAGGCAGUGUUAUUGAAGUACGUUCCACUGGUGAAAACGUCCAGGGGCAACUAGAUAGAAACAGAGGGCCUAAGGUAAACACCGUGUCUCUAUUAGAUAGUACGCAGCCUGCUGUCUGUAAGCAGAGUGCUCCUGUAAGUGAUAAGUAUCUUGAAAUAAAGCAGGAGAGUAAGGCUGUCAGUGCAGACUUCUCUCCAUGUCUGUUCUCAGAUCAUCUUGAAAAACCUAUGAGAAGUGAUAAGACUUUUCAGGUUUGCUCUGAGACACCUGAUGACCUGUUGGAUGAUGUUGAAAUACAGGAAAAUGCUAGCUUCGGUGAAGGUGGCAUAACGGAAAAGUCUGCUAUUUUUAAUGGAAGUGUCCUGAGAAGAGAGUCCAGUAGGAGCCCUAGCCCUGUAACCCAUGCAUCGAAGUCGCGGAGUCUCCACAGAGGGUCUAGGAAAUUAGAAUUCUCAGACGAGAGCGACUCCACUGAGGAUGAAGACCUUCCCUGCUUCCAACACCUGCUGAGCAGAGUAAGCAGCACACCCGAACUUACCAGAUGCAGCAGCGUGGUGACACAGCGUGUGCCAGAGAAAGCGGAAGGGGCCCAAGCACCCCGGAAGAGUAGCAUCGGUGACUGCAAUAAUGAGGUGAUCUUGGUAGAGGCAUCUCAGGAAUAUCAGUUUAGUGAGGAUGCAAAAUGCUCUGGCAGCAUGUUCUCCUCACAGCACAGCGUUGCCCGAGGUUCACCUGCAAAUGCACUCUCCCAGGAUCCCGACUUUAAUCCACCUUCCAAACAAAGGCGUCAGCAGGCUGAGAACGAGGAAGCCUUUCUAAGUGAUAAGGAAUUGAUUUCAGAUCAUGAGGACAUGGCAGCUUGCCUGGAAGAGGCUAGCGAUCAAGAAGAGGACAGUAUAAUCCCGGACUCAGUGGCGUCUGGAUAUGAGAGUGAAGCAAACCUCUCUGAAGACUGCUCACAGAGUGAUAUUCUAACCACUCAGCAGAGGGCGACCAUGAAGGAUAACCUGAUAAAGCUCCAGCAGGAAAUGGCUCAGCUGGAAGCUGUGCUAGAGCAGCAUGGGAGCCAGCCAUCUGGCCACCCCCCUUGCCUCCCAGCUGACCCUUGUGCCCUAGAAGACCUGCCAGAUCCAGAACAAAACAGAUCAGGAACAGCAAUUUUAACUUCAAAGAACAUUAAUGAGAAUCCUGUAAGCCAGAAUCCAAAGCGCGCCUAUGAUGACAAAUCCCAACCACAACCUCCGGACGGUCUCCCCAGUGGAGAUAAGGAGUCAGGAAUGAGAAGGCCUUCCCCUUUUAAAUCUCCACUGACCAGCAGUAGGUGCUCUGCACGAGGCCACUCUAGGAGUCUUCAGAAUAGAAACUCCACCUCUCAAGAGGAGCUCCUUCAGCCUGUUGAAUUGGAGAAGUCAUGUGAACCACACAACUUAACAGGGCGGUCUUGCUUGCCAAGGCAAGAUCUCGAAGGAACCCCAUACCUGGAAUCUGGAAUCAGCCUUUUCUCCAGUAGAGACCCCGAUUCCGAAUCCCCUAAAGUGCCAGCCCUCGUUUGCACCGCACCAUCUUCAACCUCUGCACUGAAAAUAUCCCAAGGUCAAGUUGCUAGGUCUUUUAGGAGUCCAGCUGCUGGUGGUGCUGAUACUGCAGUGGUAGAAAUUGUGAGCAAGAUAAAGCCGGAAGUGACGUCUUCAAAAGAACGAGCGGAGAGAGAGAUAUCCAUGGUGGUGUCAGGCUUGACCCCCAAAGAAGUAAUGAUUGUGCAAAAGUUUGCUGAAAAAUACCACCUCGCUUUAACUGAUGUAAUUACUGAGGAAACUACGCAUGUAAUUAUAAAAACAGAUGCUGAGUUUGUGUGUGAACGGACACUGAAAUAUUUUCUGGGCAUUGCAGGAGGAAAGUGGAUAGUUAGCUAUUCUUGGGUGAUCAAGUCUAUCCAAGAAAGAAAACUUCUGAGUGUGCAUGAAUUUGAAGUCAAAGGAGACGUUGUGACUGGAAGCAACCACCAAGGUCCAAGGCGAUCCAGAGAAUCCCAGAAAAAGCUCUUUGAAGGCCUACAGAUCUAUUGUUGUGAGCCCUUCACCAACAUGCCCAAAGAUGAGCUGGAGAGGAUGCUGCAGCUGUGUGGGGCUUCUGUGGUGAAGGAGCUUCCAUUGCUCACCCAUGACACAGGUGCUCAUCCAAUUGUGCUCGUGCAGCCAAGUGCCUGGACAGAAGACAGCGACUGCCCUGAUAUUGGGCAGCUGUGCAAGGGACGUCUAGUGAUGUGGGACUGGGUGUUGGACAGUAUAUCCGUCUACCGGUGUCGGGAUCUGGAUGACUACCUGGUACAGAAUAUCACCUGUGGCCGUGAUGGUAGCAAGCCACAAGACUCCAAUGAUUAAUUUAAGAGAUGGUCUUCCCGUCCUGGGAGCAUCUCUCAGUCUUCGGUGCCUCUACGCCCUACUUACUAAGUCUUUUACAUGCAUCGGCCUGGACAAAACAGCUUCUACCUUUGCGUGGGUGCCUUAAAGGUUUUCUAAUUAAGUCUCUCUUUGAAAUCCAUCUUGAGCACAAAAAGUUUUCACAUGAGAAGACUCCAAGACUAUUUAAAUCCCACCAAUUGAGCAAGAUGCUCACUCAUUAUAUAUCGUUCUUGGAGAGACGGUAGAGUGGCUCGGCUGGUCUGAGCUGGGCAUGGUGGUACUUGCCUCUAAUCACAGCUCUUGGUGGAAAAAGUCAGGAGUGUCAUGAGUUCAAGGCCAGCCUGGGCUAUAUAAGACUGAAGAACAAAUAACUAGUGGUUCUAAUUUUUUCCUUAUAAAAUCACAUGUUCAUAAUGGCCAAGAGUCGAGUUCUUCAAGGAGAUGGCUUGAAAUCUGUGAUUUGACUUAAGAUUAGUGCUCCUCAAGGCUUCAGGUUUAAUACCCAGCACCAAACAAUGCCCAUUUCCCUCCCCAACAACACCCAGAAUAGGGCUUGUGCGGGUCUUAGAGGGCACGGAGGAAUUCAGAGCAGAUUAUGUAUUUGAUGUGAAUGUGAAGUUUUUCCAGUGCCAGUGCCAAGGAGAGCCUUCUGAUUCCCCUAGCUGAUGAGCAGCGCGUCUGUUGUAGUAGCUCUAAGUAACCCAUUCCUCUUUAAAUACAAGGUCUCUGCUAUGAAUAUUGCAUGUCUGUAAAAUGAUGGAUUCCACCGGAAAGGAGCUGUUGCUUUCUUUGAAGUAAUUUUUUCCCUUUUACUCCCUGUUGCUGAACCAUACUACUUCAUAAAUAAUUUUGCUCGCUGAAGGAAGAGAACAUAUUUUUCAUGAACUCAUAAUCUUGGACUGUCUAUAGAUAUUGGGGGAGUGGGUCUUCCCUGGCACCCCAGUGUGCAGUGGAGACCUGAUUAUACAAAGCAUGUUUAUAAUGCUGUGCUGUUAAUACUGCAAAUAAAUGGAAUAGCAAUCAUUUCGACAAA